CAGCUUUGUGGAUUAAAUGUGUAGAAACAGCAUGUUGUAGUGCCGCUUUUGUCCUGCAGAUGGCACUUUGCACUCGCGGAAGUAAAAUAAAAUGUCAAAUUCAAAUAUUGUUUUCAAAGAUCGCUUCUUGAAGAAAACCAGAUUUAUUUAACUGACAUGCCUGGGGACGACUUCUUUGUUUUUAUUUUUAUUGUGUAGUACUGAAAAUGGCAUGUAAUAUUAAAUAGACCUGCACACAUCACCAACCCAAAAACAAGCACACCGCUGGUUUCUAACCCUCGUCCUGGGCUACCGCCUGACCGAAGAAGGGGUAGAAAGAAAUCUCAUCUGCUGCGCAAUUUAGCGCAAUGUUGACCGUUUUGAACAGCUGAAAAGACUUGACCAAUCACAGACUGCGGUAGAAUUUUGACCAAUGAACAACGGCGAACAAACGCGGAACCUUAUGGCGCACUAAUAUCAUUAUUUAGUUCAAAACAUUAUUUUAUUUAAUGUAGGAGAAAAGUAAAAACCGACUGUUUGUUUCAGAAACGUCAGUGGCAUUUAAAUUAACUAACCCGGAAGCGCUGUUUCGCUUAAUCUGUUAGCAACAAAGUCAGCUGGUUAGAUCAGAUAGAACAAUGACCUCGGCUUCAACAAAGGUUGGUGAGAUCUUCUCUGCAGCAGGCGCUGCUUUUACUAAACUAGGGGAGCUCACCAUGCAGCUGCACCCGGUGGCGGACUCGAGUCCAAUAGGAGCUAAAUGGAUGGACAAAGAGAUUGAGAUGCUCCAAUCAGCUGUUAAGCGUUUUGGUGACGACUUGAACUCACUCAGCUCUGUCAUCAAGAAGCGCACAGUGGCACAAAUCAAGACCACGGUCAAGCGGAAGCUUUAUGAAGACAGCGGAGUUCCUUUGUCUUCUGAGUCACCAAAGAAAAGUACCAAGAAGGUCCCAGUUGCCAUGGCUCCCCCUCCACCACCCACAGUCAUAGCUGUACCACCAUCUCAGGUCGUGGUAGCGACAGGCUUACAGGGUCCUUCUACAGGCUCCGCUAGCAUCAAGAAGCCCAAAACAGCAGAUGUCACUCUCAGUGCUCUGAAUGAUUCAGAUGUGAACAGUGAUCUUGUGGACAUCGAGGGACUCGGUGACAGCUCUGCGACAAAAAAGCUCAACUUUGAUCAAGAAAGUCUGAAUCUUGACUCAAGUCUCAUCAUGAACUCCAGUGACCUGCCUCUCCUGUCCCGCUGAACCUGGCUUGCUGCUCACAACCAUAAACUGUAAAGGAAAAAAAAAUGAACAUUACAUCAGACUGGGCUGAACCUUUGCAAAAAAAAAAAAAAAAAAAAAAAAAAAAAAACACAGCCCAGUCCAGGACCCGGUCUUGUUGGUUUCUACUAUAUAGAUGGAUUCUAAAACAGAUAGUUUUCGUGCAAAGUCAAAUUUGUAAGGCAGCUUGUUUUGUUUUGUAGUCAUUCUUUUGGUCUGUUUGAAAAUGGUCUAAAACAGGUCAGCAAUGCCUUACAAACAAUUUGUCAUAUGACACCAAUGCUUAAGAUAAUUGUCUUAUAAAUUCAUUUUAAAUAAUUUUAUACGUUGGGCUCAUGUAAAUGAAGAUACUCCUUUAAUGCAUUAUUUUUUGUUAUAUUGGGAAUCUGUUCCCCUGUGAAGAUAUGUGAAGUGUGUGAAUACAUGAUAAUGCUAUUUUCCUGUACUGUUUGUCCUGGUGUCAGCUUAUGUAAGUGCUAAUUCGAGUUAGUCCGUUUUGUCAGAUUGUCAGAAAUCUGCAUGCAUUCUGCACAUGACUGAGUGCAACACAACACUUGUUUACUUUUUGCUUGAUUAUUUGUUUGCAUAAGGUCACCAUUGCAUGUUUCAAAGGACUAAUACAAACUGAAAUAACUAUUUGUGAAAGUUUUACAUUUUUGUGAGUUUUAAAAUGUUAUUCACUUUUUGUUUGAACGGUCUAACCUUUACUCACAGGGGACCCUGUAAUUUUGUUUCUGAUAAAUUAUACAUGAGCAAUUUAACAUAACUACAAGCCUAUUUAUUCCCGAACAGAUAUUCUGUGACAGCACUUUUAAACACUGGUCUGGUGUAAAACAUUGUUUUAAAUUUGGCAGUGUGCAAGUAAUGUACAUGAAUUCAUUGUGUUUUAGAAAAAAAAAAAAAAAAAAUCUAUACCUUCUUCAGAGAAGCCUGUGGGGAAUUUUAAUAAACUUCCUACUUAAGUAUU